GAGGCGCUGGUGAGUUUUCUUGGCCGUGGCAUCUGCGUGGUUGGACACUCACCUCAGCAUCUUGAGGAGAAACUCCACCCAGCGUAUAUCCUCCUGACCAGUGAUGCGGGGGGCGGGGGCAGGACUUGCUCCCGGUCCUCGCCCAGUCAGAUCCCUCCUACGGCACUUUUCAUUGGGAGCAGAGGUACGAGGCGUUCUCAAGGCUGGGAUCAGGAAACAGAACCAAGGAAAGGGAUUUCUCUCACCUCCUCCGUUCCUAAUACCAGUCCCUUGGGCGUCGCUGACGGAAGAAAAUGCCUCGUAGUUGCACCUGAGGUAGAGAGCUUGAGAAGGUCUUGGAGCGGGAUAAGCGCGCCGGGACAACCAGGUAGAAAGAUAGUUAAAGAGAUCCGGGACACCCUUUCGCAACCCGGAAGACUUGGGAGCGAAACUGCCGUCGGGUGUCCCACAAGAUGCAGGAUCUGCAGGUACAGGAGAACUUCCUCCCCGACUCCAGCACGAGAUCCAGUAAACCGUGCGGCAAGCGGACCCGCCCCUGGGUGAAGGUGUUGGCUGUGUUGGUGAUGCUGGUGUUCUUGGGGGCUGUGGCUGGGGUUCUCUGCUGGUACUUCACAGGUGAUGACCGCAGUACAAAUGAACUCCAGGAAGGCAAGGCGGUUCGGGUCUACAGUGGGCACCUCUCCCUCGGCAACGUGCAGUACAGCAGGCAGUUUGAGGAUCCACGAUCGAAGGAGUUCCGCAGCCUUGCCGGGAAGCUGGAACAGAUGAUCAACUCUACCUGUCAGACGAUUCCCGAUCUGUCACCCUACUUCGUCAAUGCCCGCAUCUUCGAUUACAGCGACGGAGCCCAAGUCCUGGCCUACUACUUCGCCACGUUCGAGGUUCCGCCUGAGGACAGGGAGGUGCUGACCAAGUUCAGCGAGGACGCACUGACCAGACCGCUGCAGGAGGGCAUCCUGUCUAUGUCCCGGUUGUCGACCAGAGACGUCAUCGUCAGAUCGGUGACCUCCUCGUUGGCAAACCCGGAUCUUGUGGUUGCUCCAGAAGAAAGGGACUGCUACCAUGCCUUGUGGGCCGCAGGCAGACUGCAGGAAUUCACAUCUCCGGGCUAUGAUGGAAACGGUUACCCCAACAACGUUCACUGCCAGUGGGUUUUACGGGCUGACCAGGACCACGUCAUCUACCUCGAGUUCCAGGACUUCAACACUGACGAUGACUGCGGCAACGAUUUUGUCAUGGUUCACGACUCCCUCAGCCCUGCUGAAGAUGAUGUCAUCACCAAGAAGUGUGGGAAGCGACCGUCCAGCCACCAUUUGGCUGUGCUGUCCUCGGGACCAGUGAUGCUCGUGACUCUGCUGAGCGACGAAAGUGCUCGGUACCGCGGCUUCAAAGCCACCUUCCACCAGCUGCCCCGCAUGACACAGUGCGGAGGUACACUGACGGCCAUAGCCGGAAACUUCUCUACCCCCUACUAUCCCGCCUUCUACCCUCCCAACAUCAACUGCGUAUGGACCAUCAAGGUGCCAUCGGACAUGAAGAUCCGGAUGAAAUUUGAAAUGUUCCGGAUGGAAGAGCCGGGUGUCCAGAACAGGAAUUGCAUAAAGGAUUACAUGGAGAUCAAUGAGAAGAGAUAUUGUGGUGAUUACCCUCUUCUCAAUUUAAAAUUCGACGUGUCGGAAGUGCAGAUCCGGUUCCAUUCCGAUGAGUCCCACACGGACAAAGGGUUCGUGGGCAAGUACGCCGCGUUCAACCCCAGCAACCCCUGCCCUGGCGAAUUCGCCUGCCGGUCUGGAUUGUGCAUCUCCCAAAGCUUGCGCUGCGACGGCUGGAACGACUGCGGGGACCUCAGCGACGAGCUCAACUGCCAUUGUGGGCCCGACCAGUUCACCUGUGCCAAUGGGAUCUGCAAACCCAAGUUGUGGACGUGUGACCGAGUCAACGAUUGCGGGGACUUCAGUGACGAGAAGGCCUGUGAGUGUGACAAGGACCAAUGGAAGUGUGCAGAUGGGAACUGCAUCCCAAAGGAGCAGGCCUGUGACGGCAAGCUCAACUGUGCAGAUGGUAGUGAUGAGGCCGUGUGUGAAGAGGCGACUGUCUGCACCCAAUUUAACUUCCGCUGUGCAGACGGGACAUGUGUUCACCGGGCCAAUGCAGAGUGCGACGGCCAAAAGGAUUGCGAUGACGGUUCGGAUGAAAAUAACUGCUUCCCAGGGUGUGGUACACAGCCAUUCAAGCAGAGCCGGAUUGUGGGGGGGAUGUCAGCAGACGUUGGGGAGUGGCCUUGGCAGAUCAGUCUCCAUUUCCAGACGUACGGACACGUCUGUGGGGCAUCUGUCAUCUCCGAGGACUGGCUGGUGUCCGCUGCCCACUGCUUCCUUGACAUGUAUGACGACUCCUCGAGCUGGCUGGCGUACGGGGGCUUGAACUUCCAGGGGGAGCCCACGGUGCAGCUGCGGAAGAUCAAGCAGAUUAUUAAGCACCCGCGCUACAACGAGGACACCUACGACUACGACAUUGCCGUGCUGCGCCUGGAGCGCCCCUUCGACCUGCGGCCCAAGCUCCAGCCCAUCUGCCUGCCCGACGUCUCCCACACCUUCCCCGCCGGCAAGAGCUGCUGGGUCACCGGCUGGGGCGCCAUGUACGAGGGAGGUUCGAGCUCCAUCUCCUUGCAGAAGGCGGAGGUGAAGAUUAUCAACGACACGGUGUGCAGUGUGGUUACUGAGGGACAGGUCACCUCCCGCAUGCUGUGCUGUGGCUACCUGACCGGGGCCAUCGACGCCUGCCAGGGUGACUCCGGUGGCCCCCUCUCCUGCCAGGAGAAGGGCAAGUGGUUCCUGGCGGGAAUCGUGAGCUGGGGAGAAGGUUGUGCUCGGAAGAACAAGCCGGGUGUGUACAGUCGUGUGACGAAGCUGCGGGAAUGGAUUCGGGAGCAGACAAGUCUCUGAGAGAGGCUCCGUCUAUAUACUGUUGAUCGACCGACACUGGGGACCCGAUUUCUCCCCCCGACCAGGGAUCUAUUGUACAUAAUUCCGUCUUCCUGUGCUUCAAUAACCCACAAUAUUCCUCGCCAGAAUUUGGAAUAAGGAUUCAUUUCCUGAGACUUGAAUUGUUUCCCACCUCACUAACCCCAGCAGUGUCUGAUGGGACGGUGUGGAGGGAGCUUCACUCUACAACUGACCCUUGGAUUGUGUGAUGGGACAGUUUAGAGGGAGUUUCAUUCUGUGACUGACCCUGGGAGUUUGUGAUGGGACGGUAUGGGGGGAGCUUUGACCUGUGUCUGACCCCGGGAGUGUGUGAUAGGACAGCGUGGAGGGAGCUUCACUCUGUGUCUGACCCCAUGGGAGUGUGAUGGGACAAUGUGGAGGGAGCUUCACUCUGUCUGGCCCCGUGAGUGUGUGAUGGGACUAUGUGGAGGGAGCUUCACUCUGUCUGACCCUGGGAGUGUGUGAUGGGACAGUGUGGAGGGAGCUUCACUCUGUGUCUGACCCCGGGAGUGUGUGAUGGGACGGUGUGGAGGGAGUUUCACUCUGUGUCUGACCCCGGGAGUGUGUGAUGGGACGGUGUGGAGGGAGUUUCACUCUGUGUCUGACCUUGGUGUUGUGUGGGGAAUAUUCGGUUCUGUAUAUAUGAAAAGUCCUCUUUGGUUGAUAGAAAUUUUUAUAUUCUUGUAAUGUAUUAUAUUUUUAAAUAGAUAUUUUAAGUUGGAAUUUAUGCUGUAUUCCUGGUUUGCUCACAUAUGUUCCGAUCUGGUAAACUUGAGUCAUCAGUUCAGAUCGAGGAACCUCUUUGGGCUCUCCAGAAGACCAUCUAGUUUUGUCCUGCUGUGGCCUGGCAGCCCCACAUUCUGGCCGUCGUUUCUGCCAGCGGAGAGUGAGACUCGUGUGCUGGGUCCUCCCAGCUGGUGAUCAGCAAGAUCCACGUGCAGGCCGUCCUCUUCCCUCUGCUGGUGGACAGCAAGACCCACGUGUUGGCCACAAGGUUGUAUUCCGUGAUCAAUAAAAAUUCUUUUAUGUUCUUCUCUUGUGAGAUGAGACCAGUGCAAAGGUACGGGUGACACACGGGAGGGGGUGGGGAGAGGUUGGUAUGGGGGUGAUAACAGGGCAUCUCUCAUGUCCAUCUCCACUUCACUGUCCAUCCUUCAUGCUUGGAGUCCUCCUCCUCCUUCCCCUGCCUCUCCUUCCCCUGCCCCUCCUUCCCCUGCCCCUCCCUCCUUAACCCUCUGUUUCAUUGGUUCUUCACUCAAUCUUGGAACAUCUGGACAGUGAAGAUACAUGUCUUGGGAUGUUCUUCACCGACCACAGCUCUGCAUUCAAUACCAUCACCCCGUCAAAACUAAUCAAUAAGCUUCAAGUCCUUGGCCUCAAUCCAUCCUUGUGCAACUAGAUCUCCGAUUCCCUCACUUGCAGACCCCCAGUCAGUCUGGAUUGGCAACAACAUCUCCUCCACAAUCUCCCUCAGUGCAGAUACACUACAAGGCUGUGUGCUUAGCCCCCUGCUCUACUCGAGUCACACUCAUGACUGAGGCUAAGUGCCACUCCAAUGCCAAAUUUAGGUCUGAUGAUGACGCUACUGUUGUUGACUAAAUAUAAGGUGGUGAUGAAUCAGCUUGGAGAAAAUCUGAACAACAACCUCUUACUCAAAAUCAGCAAGAUCACGGAGAUGAUUACCGACUUCAGAAGGAGGAAACUGGAGGUCGGUGAACCAGUACUCAUUGGGGGGAUCAGGGGUGGAUUGACAAGAAUUUGCAGUUAUGGCCUAAGAGUGAAGAGAGGGACACUGAAGUGGAUCAACAGUUCACCAACUUUCGUAAGAACUGUGCAGAAUUAAAGGGAAAUCAAUAAAUGCCUGGCCAACAGGGCCGUCAACUAAGGCUCUCAAACUGAAAAUUAAUGCCAACACUGUGGGUGGAAGCAGUAACUAAAUACUAAAUAAAUAGUUCUCCUUUACGGUGUCAAUCAACACGGUGGUCCAGAAAGGACAAAGGUGAGCACGGAGCAUAGAUGUUGCUUUGCCUUUGGUCAAGUUUCGACAAGACUGGAAAGAGAGGAGGGGAGUUAAAUACCACCACAAUAACACACUAAUUAGCCGGAACGUGCAUGCUUACGAGCGGAAUAGCCGAAUGCGUUUCUCAGCUCGCCUGCGAGGGCAUGCAAACCCCAUGGCAGAGUCUGUGGAUGUGACAUAGAGAAGGUCAGCAUCUUAACGUACUCAGCUUUAACCCUUCAGAGGAUCUGUCUUGGGUCCAGCAUGUAAGCGCCAUUGUGAAGAAAGCACGGCAGCAGCACCUCUACUUUGUGUGUGUGUGUGUGUGUGUGU